CGAGACGAGCCGAGCCGGACGGACGAAUAGCGACCAGACCCAGCAGUUUUCCACCGCAUCUCCGGUCCGGCGGGUGUCGUCGUGUCGCCGGCAUCCAUGGCGGCGGUGGUGCGCGGCGUCCUGAGGGGCAUCAAGGAGAAGGGCCUCGCCAACUUCCUCCGCGACGCCCGCGAAGAAGGAUACCUGAACUGCCUUCUGGAUGGGAACCUUUUGCAAACAAAAAUUCACAAUAUUGGCGCAACACUUGUAGGGGUUGACAAGUUUGGAAACAAGUACUAUGAGAAACUGCAUGACACUCAGUAUGGAAGGCACAGGUGGGUAGAAUAUGCAGAGAAAGGUCGCUACAAUGCAUCCCAAGUGCCUCCUGAAUGGCAUGGAUGGCUGCAUCACAUCACAGAUAACACUGGCGAUCAGCUGCUGGCCCAGAAGACUGCUAGGUACCUAGUGGAGCACAAGCAGAACUACUCCGGUGAAGGUGAGGAGCUGAUAUACCACUCCAAGGGGCACGCCCUGAACCCGGGGCAGAGGGACUGGACGAGGUACCAGCCCUGGGAGCCAAAGAAGGAGUAAGCCUAGCAAAUGUCGUGUCUGAUCGGGGAGGACCACCCUGUUUUGGUUUUCCUGCUUUCUGCCUUGGGUCAGGUGUUGCUGAGCUGAAUAAUCAAUCAGCGAGCGACUCAAUUCGGCCUUGGGUCUUUGGAGCGAUCCUGAAUAAUGUCGUACUGGACAACAAUACUGUAUAAUUCGAUCAUCUUUGUUUGAUUUCGAAAGGUUGCUGUUGUUACUGCUGUAAAAGCGGAUUUGCUGAA